GGAGGCGGUCCCUUCCUCCCUCUGGCUCCCUGCAGCUCAGCCUCUGCCUCAGUCCGUGGAAAGUUCACGGAGGAAUCACGUGGCGUGGAAGCAGCGGUCCUGAUCAGGAGGUCGGCACCAUGAGCGCCGCGUUCAGCUGCAGGAUCUGCAGCCAGUCUCUCUGUGGACGUAAAUACAUCAAGGUGGAGGAGAAGCCCCACUGCGUCCACUGCUACGACCGCCUCUACGCCAACACCUGCCACGAGUGCAAGGAGACCAUCGGACACCACGAGAAGGAGCUCAUGCAUGAGAACCGUUCCUUCCAUGAACGCUGCUUCCGGUGCUUCAGCUGCGAUCGCUCUCUGGCCGAUGAGUCCUUCAUCCAGCAGGGCGGCGCUCUGAUCUGCAGCGACUGCUACUGCAGCCAGUGCUCCUCCAAGUGUGCAGCCUGCAGCCAACCAGUGAUGCCAGGAUCCAGGAUGCUGGAGUACGAGGGCUCUGCGUGGCAUGAAGACUGCUUCCUGUGUCACGGCUGCAAGAAGCCCAUCGCAGCCGAGGCCUUCAUCCCUGAUGACAGCAACUUCUUCUGUGUGUCGUGCUACGAGCAGAGGGUCGCUCCACGCUGCAGCCUCUGCAGAAAGGCUGUGACCAAAGGAGGCGUGAAGUUCCAGGAGGAGGUUUGGCAUAAAGACUGCUUCCUGUGCUGCGGCUGCAGCGCUCCGCUGGCCGGACAGUCCUUCACGUCUCAGGGGGACAGUCCUUACUGCGUCCGGUGUUUCAGCAACCUCUACGCCAACAAGUGCGCCGGCUGCAACACGCCCAUCACAGGCUUCGGCGACGGGAAGUACGUCUCCUUUGAGGAGCGCCAGUGGCACCAGCCGUGCUUCAAGUGUUCCCGCUGCUCCGUGUCGUUGGUGGGCUCCGGGUUCUUCCCGGACCGGGACCAGAUUCUGUGCAAAGACUGCAACGGCGACGACUGACGAUCCGCAGGCAGCAGAACCUCAGCUCGGCGCCGCCGUGCUAGCCCCGCAGGUCCGAAGCAGCCUGCAGAACCAGAAUCAUUAAAGGUGUGAUCAAUCCAGAA